AUGCCGGACCUCCCUCAUGGAUGGCGUAUGAGGAACAGCGAGGGCGAGAAGAAGGGACCUCCUGUUGAAGACAACAUUUUCCAUUCCGGUGACGAGGGCAGCGAACCGGGUAGCGAUCAACUGGAUAUCCGUCCAGAUUCUGAAGGAUGGGAUGAUGUUGAAGACGACACUGAAGAAGUCAUGGUCAAGGAUCUGUUGUCAGACAAGACAUUUCCUUCGGCCAGUGCAAUGAUUGAGUAUUGCAAGGAGACGCAUGGCUUGGACUUCCUCGCGGUGAUUCGAGACAACAGUACGUCCUGAACUUGCAAGCUACGCUAAUACACGCUAACGAUGUUCAGAACUCGACUUCUAUUCCGCAAUCAAGCUGAUCAACUACAUUCGAUCAGAAGUGAAGGCAGGCCAAGCAAAGCCGAAGGUCACUGAUUCAACCUUGUGGUCCGAUGACAAGUAUCUCCAACCUGUGUUGGAAGACGACGCUUUGCUCUUCAACCUUGACGAUCUCGUCGACACAGCUGUCCCCGAAGACGAAGAGAAGACGAAGGAGGCUGAGAGCUAA